CAGUAGAAACUAUAUUUCUACUGUACUUAACGAUUACAUUUCUACUGUACGUGGAAAAUUAUUCAACAAAUUAACUUAGCAUUUUGAUUAAAGCUGGGCUGUUGUGUUAACUUUUGCCAGCAUAAAUCGAUAUUCACCUUACGCUUCACCCUGUAACCGGCACUUUUGCAAUGACACCGAUUUCGUCUGUCACGGGCGUGCAAACAUCAGCGAGAAGACAAAAAUAAAAACUAAAGGAGAAAGUGGAUUUUCAUACGUAGUCCCCCCAAGUGUUCAAAGUAAAAACUCUUAUCUGUGCAGACAACUGCGAGUAAUAACAAUGUUUAUCUAGAGAGGCGCCAUACAGUUUCCGUGAAACACACAAUAAAUCCAUUGGUAAUCAAUUGGAAUUCAGAAGUGAUCUGGUGCCAGGGUUUACAUCGCGCAAUGACUACACUCUUUGCUCGCGUAUUUCGCCAAGCCAAAGUAACCUUCGAGCAGACCAGUGCGGAGAGGUUGCUCAGUAAUCUGCAGAAUCUACGCGUGCUCGUAGAGCAACUAACCCUGGCCGAUCUCAACCUCGAUACAACCAUUGCAUCCCGGGAAACGUUCCAGCAAUCAACCAAAGCUCCAUGUACAUUCAUUGAUAUAUACGAGAAUGCCUACUUCACGAUGUCGGUGUUUAUAUUGCGAGAAAACUACACAAUGCCUCUGCAUGACCACCCGUGCAUGCAUGGGCUCCUGCGAGUGGUGUCCGGGAAGGUGAAAAUACAAAGCUACACCGAAAUCGAUCGACGGGAGGAAACGAGGGCCGGAGAUCUACUGCGUCAUGUUCUGGUCAAUGUGGAACAGGAGAAGGUUUUCAGUGCUGAGAAGGGAGAGAGCGCUAUGCUAUCGCCCUCCGAACGGAACUAUCACGAAAUAACGGCCAUCGGAGGUCCGGCAGCAUUUUUCGAUAUCCUCAGCCCGCCGUAUAACGUGGACAUUCCCAUUUACGGAAAGCGCAGCUGUUCGUUCUACCGGAAACUCCUGCUGCCGGGUGAUGGUGCCGCAAAUGAUGGACGCAAACGAAUGGUUCUGGAGAAAAUUCCCACCCCGGACCAUUAUUACUGUGAUACAGAGCACUACGAGACGCCCGAGUUCAUGUUUGCCAGCGCUGCCAGCAAGUAGAUGUGUACUCUUUAGUGGAUAGUUGGUGUUGGAUCGGUUUUCGUGACGUUCAAAUGGGUCAACUUGGGGAAUAGGAAUAGUUUUCAUGACGGAAUACUAUCAGAAUUAUCGUAUUUAUCAGAUUCAGUUGUAACGCACAUAGCUGUUUUGUUCAGAUAUGUUAGCAAUGAAAUAACCAUUACACAAUGUCUCUCCGGAGUGUACCAGUAUUUAUGCUAAACGGUUCCUGUAUUUCGCCAAGUUUCCCAAUUUGAUCGUUAUCAUUACUUACAAUGGCGAUGUCUGACUACAGGCUCUAGUUUCCUCCUCCUACAUUUUAGUUUAUAAUUGUGGACUAAAAUAUUGUUAUGUGUAAAAUACUGAGUUGAGUAAUAAAUUAAAACAAAAUAUGCUUUAAGUAAGAAA